GAGAAUUGGAGGUAAGAGACAAUCCCAGCCAUGAUGGGUGCGGAAUUUCAUUUGUUCAAUGUUUUGGGUUCACCAUGCAACUCACCCAACUCCGGCGCCAGGAUUUGGCCAACCACAGCCCCAAGCCGAAUGCCGAUCUCAGCGUGGCGGGCAUCCCUGGCAUCCGCACCGGGCGGGCGACAGUGGCUGACCAUGGCAAGAUCUGGGAGCACGGCUCCGCGGGGCUGGUGGCGGCCUGUGACCUGGCACCCGGCGAGGCCGUGCGCAUCUCCUACGGCAAAUAUCCGAAUCAGCGGUUCCUCCUGGACUACGGUUUCACCCUGGGCGAGGAGAACCCCCGGGGAGAUGAAGAGAAGGAGGACCUCGUUUGAGCGAAGAGAGGGC